AUGAGUGACUGUUCAAAUUCAGACGAAUCAGCUAGCCCGUCCCCACCUAAAAAAAAGAAUAAGACCCAAAAGUACACCAAGAAAAAUCUUUACUACGAUAAUGAUGAAGAUGAGGAUGAUGAUGAAGAAGAAGACGAGGAAGAGGAUGAUGUCGAUGAAGAUGAAGAACCUGCCUUGACGUCGAAGAAAAAGAGAAGGAUGAAUUUUGCAAUUAAGGAUAUGUUUCAUGAUGAAGCUUCGGUAGACGAAGAUGAUGAAGAAGAAGAUGAAGAUUAUGACGACGAUGGAGAACUGAUUGGCCCGGAAGAUGAAGAGGCCCUGGACGCUGUACCUGCAGCUCGAGAAUUAGAUUCCCGCCGGAGAAUACGUGAGAUCAUGGACCAAGAUGAAGAGGAAAUAGAAAGAUAUUAUCAAGAGCGUUAUGAGAACCAAAAUUAUGUCGAUCGUUUUGGCGAUGGUGAGGCUAUGGCUGAUAGUAUUGUUCAAAAGGAACGUCUUCCAGGUAUCAAAGAUCCUAACCUCUGGGCACUUCGAUGUAAAAUGGGUGAAGAAAAGGCUACUGUACUUGCACUGAUGCGUAAAUUUAUAGCCUAUCAAUUUUCUGACACUCCACUACAAAUUAAGUCGGCCUUUGCGAAGGAAGGUUUGAAGGGUUAUAUUUAUGUCGAGGCUUUCAAGCAAACUCAUGUUAAACAAGCCAUAGACGGUAUAACAGCUUUACGACUUUCUAUGUACAAGCAACAACUUGUUCCAAUUGAAGAAAUGACAGAAGUUGUACGUGUGGUGAAAGAAACUGGUCAACUUAAACCUGACCAGUGGGUUCGGAUUAAAUCUGGACUCUAUCGUGAUGAUUUAGCAUUGGUUGAAUAUGUAGAAGAUGCACAAAAUUUAGUUGGUCUUAAGUUAGUUCCACGAAUUGAUUAUGAAAGAAAACGUAAUCGUGGCACAGAAACAGAAGAUGAUAACAAUAAGUUUAAACGUUUCAAGCGCCCAGCACCAGCACUAUUCAAUGCAUCAAAAUUAUCUGAUCGUGUACAACGUGAUGGAUCAUCAUUGGUUUUUGAGGGGAAUCGAUACGAUGCUGAUGGAUUCUUGCAUAAACAAUUUCGUAUUAAUGCUGUUUUUACUGAAGGCAUUCGACCUACACUAGCUGAACUUGAAAGAUUUCAUCAUACUCCUGAUAGUCUACAAAUAGCUGCUGCCGCUGCUAAUGCUGCAGCUAAUUUAACUUCAGCUGCUAAUGUUGAGAUUGCUUCAAACCAUUGUUUCACUCCUGGAGAUGUUGUCGAAGUAUGUGAAGGUGAUCUUAAGAAUCUUCGUGGUAAAGUUGUCUCCAUUGAAGGCAAUAACAGGAUUAUUGUUCAGCCGAAUCAUUCUGACUUACGAGAACCCAUACCAUUUACACCAGUGGAAUUAAGAAAGUUCUUCAAUCAAGGUGAUCAUGUCAAGGUCCUCAGUGGUCGACAUGUUAAUGAAACUGGUUUAGUCAUACGUUUUGAUCCCAGUCUAGCUGUUGUUUUAUCCGAUCAUAGUAUGAAUGAAAUGAAAGUUGCACCGAAGGAUUUACGUUUAUGGCAAGAUCGUGCUACAACUGUUGAAUCAUCUGGGCAUGUACAAUUGAUGGAUUUAGUGCAAGUUGACCCGCAAACUGUCGGUGUUGUUGUUCAUGUUGAACGUGAUCAAGUCUCUGUACUAACAUGUUUUGGUAAAGUCGUUAAUCUAAAAUCGAAUACAGCAUUGCGUCGAUUAAAUACUGUUCGUCGGCCACCACAAGCAUUAGAUCAUAAUGGAAAUUCUAUACAAUUAAAGCAAACUGUUCGUUUAUUAGAAAAACCACAUUGUGGAUUAAUUGGUGAAGUGAAACACUUGUAUCGUUCAUGGGCAUUCAUAUAUUGUCGUACACACUUAGAGAAUGCUGGACUUGUUGUAGCUAAAACUCGUCAACUCUCUGCAUUAACCACUUCACAAGGAGGUAAUGAACAAAGCAAUACAGAAAAUGGUAUUUCAAUGAAAACAAUUACACCUAUCAAUGGUGCAAGAAACUUUGGCGGUAAUAAUGAAGGUGGACGUGGAAAAGGUAGUCGUAACGAACGUCAACUAGUUGGCAGGACAGCUUUGAUUGUUAAGGGUACAUUAAAAGGUUUAUUGGGUAUUAUAUGUGAUGCAACACCCACGCAUGUAGUACUGGAAUUACAUAGUCAAUUUAAAAAAGUACCUGUUGCACGUGAAAAUAUGGCUUUGUUAGACAGUGGUGGUCGUAUCAUGGAUACACAAUAUGGUGCUACUACACCUCGUAUUACACCAAUGCGUGAAAUGCGAACACCACAGUUGGCCUAUGGUGCUCAAACACCACAUGCAGCAAGUACAACUCCUCGUGGUGACAGUACCCCCUUACCGAGUGCAUUUAAUGCUGGCAUGGCUACACCAAAAACUAGUAAUCUUGAUGAACCCAUGACUCCAAGUUCUAGCUUUCUGUGGACUUCAAGUGAUCUUCAUCGUAUGUCAAGUUCAAGUACCCAUUCAUUGUCCGAUACUGAAUAG